AUGGAUGCCCCUACUAAGACCGUCACUAUGGAGCCCACGGCUGCCAAGAACGCCGAGAUGCGUCCCGUGGAGCAGCCGGCACGCGUCGAACCCAUGUCUAUUGACAACGUCAACAUGCGUGGUGGUGACGAGGGCGAGGAGGUCUGCUGCGGUCUCUGCGCCGCCUUUGCCUGCUUCGAGUGCUGCAAGUGCUGCUGCUAA